AUGGCGUUCAUCUGGUUCAUAGUGCAUUUGGUCAUGCUCGGGCAAAUUGUGCAAGCAAGUGUCAUAAACGCUUUGGCCAAGUUUACAAAUGUCGAGUGUGUUAGCCAGGAUGUCAACUAUACAGCAUUCACCGCCUGUCGACUAUAUGCGGUUAAACGUGACGUUGCCGAAAUGAGUUUACGGCUUAAGAUCCUCAAGUUCCCAAAGAAACCAGUUGCGAUGCGAAUACAACUGUUGAAGCGUGCUAGCGGAUAUAAACCAUUUCUGUACGAUGUCAGACAUUCCGAUCUGUGUUUGUAUUUGGAUAAGCGCAAUCAUCCUUUCGUCAACAUUAUAUUCAAUAGUUUCGCCAAUCACACAAAUGUAAAGCAAUGUCCUUUACCGGAGGAGUUAUGUGUGGAGCACUUUCGUUUUCCCACCAAGGCGCUGGAUAUGUUGCCCCUGCCUUCUGGGGAAUAUGCGAUUCAUGCGACAUUCAGCUUUGAUCGCAUAGAUCGACUCAAGUUAAAGGUGUUCUUUAGCAUCUCGGAGUUUCGUUGAUUGCAAUAAGAAUAAUUAAUGGAGUUGUGGAGUGUGAAUAUAUUUAUACGUUUGUAGAAAUGCGUAAAUGCAUUUCAAUUAAUCGAAUAACAUACUUGUAAUGGGAACCAAUGGCGGUGCAAUAAACUAAUU